AGAGAAUGUCCCAUUUUAGUGUUUUGUCUCGUUCAAUAAUUGUUUCGUUUUAGGAAUGAAUGAAUGGUUAUGUAGAUUCGAAAUUCAACGAAAUUUCAACACCACCAUGAAUUCUAUGAUGGCCAUGGCUCAUGAAUCGAGCCAGUAGUAUGUAUAGCCUAUGGAGAAGUAUUUGUUGUCUCGAGAAAUAGUAAAAUUUCACUUCGGAGAAGUGUAUGCGCAGAUAUUUUGGAACCUUUCUACGUAUGGUGCUUGCGGAUUUAAAGAACUCGUUAAGCUUUCCAAGGUGUCAGCUGGAGAAGUAAAGCAAGCUGUCGCUGUGUUACUACAACAAAACGUUAUAUUUGCCUAUGAAAAAGGCAGUGGUAGAGUCUUUAGAAAUAAGCCAUGGAAGUUGGAUGGAGAGGAAGGAGUCGAAAUUUUAUUCGAAGCGAAAGUGGAAGAAGCGUUGCUUCGUUUAAGAUUUCCGAGAUUUAUUCAGCUUUGCAGAGAAUAUUAUGGUGAGACAGGAGAAGUUUUGUGCCAGAUUCUAUUGGAGAGAGGUUUGUUGUCUUUCGAAGACGUUAUUCAGGUCGGCGUAACUCAAGGACGGCUCAAAAGUAGUGCUGCCGCAGACUCAGUAUUGCAUAAGAUGAUCGAAGAAAAGUUUGUUUGCCUUGCUGGUUAUGAAUACUAUGAGAAGAAUGAAAAGGAUGUUUCGUCUGUUUCAAGUGGUAUGAAACGGAAGAGAUCGACAGAUGACGCUCCUUCCCCUGCCAGAGAAGCCGAUAUGUCUCAGAGAAGCUCAGAAACUUUAAGAUUUGUACAGUUGGAGCUUUAUAGAAUAUCCACUAGUUUUCUUAAUCGCAUUCUGAGACAUGAAGCUUUUUCGGAUCUUGUUGUUCAUACUGUACGAGAAAAUUCUAGAAUGGUAGCUAGUUGUUUCCGUGCUAUGCUGUCUUUGAUACGAAAGGAAGAUGAAUGUUUUGAAGGUGAGCAGUCAGUACCAGUCCAGAGGGAUGCUAUACUUGAUGAGAUCAGAAAUCAGAUGCCAUCAUCUUCUGAAUUGGUAACUGUGGACCAGCUGAAUGAGGCGUUAAAUGUUUUGCAAGAUGACAGAUAUAACUUUAUUUCAGGAAUAGGAAUAUCUUCUUUCGUGGUUGAGAUUCGAAUGAUGCGGCAGCUGUUAAAGCAGAGAGCUACGGAGCACCUAAUCUUGAAGAGGCACGGAACUUCAGGUCUUCGAGUCUACCGUUUAUUGUUGGAUAAAGGUGCUUUGGAACAAAGGCAAUUGUUAGAAUUUGCUAUGCUGCCCGGAACGACUGCACGAGAGAAACUCUAUGCAAUGUUCAGAGAUGGCUAUGUGGUGGUAAACGAAAUUCCUUCUUCUUCCGACUAUAAGUCUUCGCGUUCAUUCUUUCUUUGGAGCGUAGAUGUCUCAAACGUUUUCACAAAUGUGCUCUGUCAUGCAUAUAAAGCGACAUUGAAUAUGUUGAUUCGCAUGAAGAAUCUGCACGUAGAAUAUAGUCGUCUGCUAGGUUCCAAUUUGUAUUGUGUCAGUGAGGAAUUGGAAAGCGUUCCCAUUCAACAAGAAAUACUAGAACGCCAUAUAUCUAGUCAGUCGUCAAACAUGAAUUAUAGUUGUGCCAGUUUGGAACUCAAAGAGCGAUUGGAGAAAUUACGUCAAAGAAUGGCGUUAUAUGAAGUUAGUAUAUUGAGAUUAGACAAGAACAUCAUGUGUAUUCGUGAUAUUUAGCCUGAGAAUACUGCCUUUUUUUAAUGAGAG